AUGUUUGUAUCUACGAAUAUAAACGAUGAGAUUUCGAGAGGGUUGUUUUUUCUUAAUCUUAGGUCGACUGGAAAUACUCUUGAAGAACUUCAUCGAUUUUUUGAAGAUGAUCCCGAUGAUUAUCUAUUGGAAAGCGAAGCUGAGAGUCGUUUAAAAGCUCUUUAUUCAUGUCUUGUUAAUUCAACAUCACGGACCAUGUUACAAAUCGGUUUAAGUGGUUUAUUAACUUACGUAAAAGCAUCCCAAAGAAGUGCGAUUAUCGAUGAAUUGUUAUUAUCAAAAGAUUACAUAUCCGAGAUCAUCACUAUUGCUGCUGAUCAUUUUACUACAGCACCAUUGUUGUCAGCUACAUGUCUCUAUGAGUGUAUGUUAGCAUAUCCGAAAAAAUUCUCAACAUUUCUCAUUAACAAAUUUCGUCCAGUAUUACCUCGUAUUAUUUACAAAAAGAUGUCUGGUCCUAGCGAAAUAUCUUGCAAGUGUAUUGCGCAUUUGUCUGUUCUUGGCAUUCCAUCGAGUUCGAAACAAGCAAAAUCAUGGAAAAAUGAAUAUGAUCGUUAUCUUAAAAUCGCGUCUCUUCUCAUCGAUCAACUUUAUUCAGGAAUUAACGAUCCACUCUAUCCAGAAGUGACCGAUCUUGAAACAGCAUUGAUUGCUGAAGUUGGAGAUGUCAUUUCAUCAUCGGAUUAUGCAGCGAUUUUCGUUAACUGUUGUCAUAUAUUGAGAUAUUUGUUCUUUGUGCAAUUGGAAUGUUCAGUAUCAGUCCCAUGUGAACGAACAUUUAAGUUAAUAUCAAAAGUCAUUUCAAUCACCAGUCAACAAUUCAAUGUUCUUCAUCGUAAACAACAUUUACCGACAUUACUCAGUUCUUGUAUUCAGUUAUGUGAUACACUUGUUACAUUUAAUCCAUCGUCAUUUAUGUUUAAUAUUCGAUCAAUAUUUUCAUUGAUUACUUCAUUACUUGAUCUUGUACGCCCUCAAGCAGAAUACUUAACAUUAUCCACCAGUAUUUAUCAGUUGUUAACCAAUUUAUUUGCUUUAUUUCAACGGCAAGUUCGCAUGGAUGUUGAUGUUUUACAAAAUCUGAUUCGUUGGAUUCUCAACGAUACAACAAUCAGAACCCGAACAAGAAUACCAGUUGCGUAUCUAUCCAAACCCGAUCACAAACUCUCUCGAGCAGCUAUCAAUUGUACACAACAAUUACUCAACGUCUAUUCAGAUCAUAUGCCGAAAGAUCAGUAUAUUCAUAUUCAAAACCAUUUCAUUCAUACAAUUUUGGCUUGUCAAACGACGAAUACUGUAAUCAAUAAACCGUACGAUGAUGAACUGUGUCGUGUUGGCUUAUAUGACAUUCUCGAAUGUUUAUUAAUCAACGAAAGAGCGGAUUGUGCAACUAUUAUUGGUAUCAGCAAAGAUAUUAUUGAUAAUGCAGCUUUAUUAGAUUCAUCUGUUAAAGUGAAAAUGACUGUACGAAAAUUGAAACUUAUCUGGCAACAAGUCCACGAUUCGUCCAGUCAAUUAUACCAACCAUGGUCGCUUUUAAACAUUGACAAACCACGAAGAACGACUUCUGCUCAAAACAUUCAUUCAUCUGUGACAACCAAUGAUUUUCAUAAUGUGUUCGCUCCUUCAUCCAUGCCGAUGAUUACGAAUGUUCAAUCUGCAUUACCUGUAGUAGCAGCAGUAGCAUCGUCAUCCAUCACGAUGCUGAAUACAGAACCUUCGCCUUUGAAUAAUUCUCAAUCUCUCUCCAAACCAGCAGUAUAUAAACCACCUACAGAAACAACACCAAACAUAUUUUUACAAGCAGCAACAACAACACCGGUUAUACCAGUUGCAUCUACAUCGCAUGAUAUUGGAUACAAAGCUCCAUCAGCUAACUUUGAUACACCAGUAGCAGAUGGAAAUAAGGAAGAAUUUCAUCGUGCUGAUGAGCGACAAGCAAAACGAAUGAAAGUAAACGAAAUACAUGCUGUAGAAAUUGAUAAUGACGAAGAUGAUGAUGGUGCUGAGCAUAUCUUUAAUGGAGAAAGCGAGGAGGAGCUUGAGAAUGAGCAUAUGGACGAUUAUGAUGAAGAACUUGUCGAGGAAAGUGAAGAAAUGGAUGAAAGUGAUGAACUUGAUGACGAUGCCAAUAUCGAUGAAGACGAAGGAUCCAACGUAAAUUCCGACGAAGAUGACGAAAAUUACUUUCAUACUAAUGGCAUUAAAAAACCGAAUCAACAUUUAGGUGUUCAUCAAUCGAAUGUCGAUUUACUUGGCAUGGAUGGUGCACCAUCAGAUACGUAUCUUCAAGCGAUGAACGAUAACUCCCAUAAGAAAUUCCGUCGUCAAAAUCACCUCGAUCACCAAUAUUCAUCUCAACAACCAUCAUCAACAGACUUUUCGCAUACAAAUAACAAUGCUAAUCCAAAUCCGAUGUAUCAUUCAGGUCCAUUAAAUGGUGAUUGUAAGGGUACGAAUAAAACACCUCUCGACAACGGCCAAACAUCAUCGGCUAGUGCUGCAAAUGCAAGUCAAAACGCGGGCGGUGAUGAUGAUGAUGACGAUGACGAUAUUGUAUUAGUUAGUGAUGAUGAUAGUGAAGAUAAAAAACCAGAAACAAAAACCAAUAAUUUACCUUCUUUGCAACCAAUCCCAUACAUGAGUGAUUUGCCUAUGACAUCAUGUGUUGAAACAGUUACCAUCAAAUCAACAACUACUACGACAAUCAUAAUGAAUGAACCUUUGUGUGGAAAGGAUCUAUGCGACGAUAUCGAUAGAGAAACCAUGGAUUCACUUCGUGAUGCUGUAAAUCUUGUCAGUGAUGAUUAUAUGGCAUCAACAGACGAACAGAAUUAA